UUUGCCGUGGCAAAGGGUAGGCAAAUGGCUGCUAGCACAUUUGGUGUUCAGAAAACUCUUCCCCCUCACCGAAUUUCAAAGAGGUUCUGGAACAUUCUCCCAGAUAAAGCAGAGGGACCAAAAACCACAAAUAAAACUCGAUGAGCCUCAGAAAAGGUCUGGAAAAGCUUUUGUGCCCUAAACAGCUGUCCUUAGCAUCUGGGAUGCAUCCAGUUCUAAAGGCCUUUGUGUGCGGCUCCAUCAGUGGCACUUGUUCCACGCUCCUCUUCCAACCCCUUGACCUGCUGAAAACCCGCCUGCAAACUCUGCAGCCUGCUGUGAAUAGGUCUGGUCGUGCUGGGAUGGUAACGUUGCUUUUUAGGGUUGUUCGUACUGAGAGUAUUCUGGGGCUCUGGAAAGGUGUCUCUGCAUCCUUUGCAAGAUGUAUUCCUGGGGUUGGGAUUUACUUCAGCACUUUGUACAUGAUGAAGCAAAAGUUUCUUGUGGACCGUUCACCCACAGCCCUGGAGUCUGUCUUUCUGGGUGCCACUGCUCGUGCAGCUUCUGGGAUUUGCAUGUUGCCAGUGACUGUAGUGAAGACCCGAUAUGAGAGUGGAAGAUUUGGCUAUGGGAGUGUUUAUGGAGCCCUGAAGAGUAUCUAUCAGACCGAAGGGGCUCGUGGCAUGUUCAGUGGUCUCACAGCAACGCUGCUGCGGGAUGCACCCUUCUCUGGCAUCUACCUGAUGUUCUACACACAGACCAAGAACCUGACACCUCAGGACCAGCUGGAUCCAGUGCUCGUGCCCUUGCUGAAUUUUGGCUGUGGGAUCUUUGCGGGAAUCCUGGCCUCUCUGGCAACGCAGCCUGCUGAUGUCAUCAAAACACACAUGCAGCUGUCACCCCAAAGGUACCACAGGACUAGCCAGGCCAUUGCCUUUAUCUACAAGGACUUUGGGCUGGUUGGCUUUUUCCGAGGUGGUGUGCCCCGAGCCCUCAGGCGCACUCUGAUGGCAGCCAUGGCAUGGACGGUGUAUGAACAGAUGAUGGAAAAAAUGGGCUUGAAGUCCUGACUGAGCUGCAUGAGAAAGGACCAGCUUCACUCCUUCUCCUGUUUGCUGUGAUCAACUGGCACUGAGAAGUUCCCAGUUCCACAGAGGAAUAAGCCUUCCUCAGCCAGGAGGAAGAAAGCCCUUCUGACACAGGGGAUUAGGCCUUUUGACAAGUAGAGGAAAGGAAGGAUUGGAUCUUUGUGUUGUUUGAUCAAUGCAUUCCAGAAGGACUGCACUUGCAGACUGCCAUGGGAAAUGGCAGUGUUUUCACUGCCUGGUAACUAUGCUGAGAAGCCUCUUUUAAAAAUAACUCUGCACUCAUCACCUUUAUUCAAUGAGAUAGUAUCAAAGCAAAAGCAUUUGGAAGAAAACAGUGGUGGCAGAACCUGCCAGGCUGUUUCUUCCUGGCAUAACCAGAAAGACCACAGUGACCACCAUCUGAUAUAGAUCCUCCUUCCUCAUGUGCUUUAUUCUCACAGGGGAACACUAGGCCCUGACAGGACACUGGAUCUGUCUCAUAAUGCUUAUAUUGCAGGAGUGGGUGGAAGAGAAAUGAAGUGCAGAGGAAAAUCUACAAACAUGGUCUCUGCCAUCACUUUUGUACUGUGGGUGAUCCCAGAGAAAAUAACUGGAACCACCUUGCUGUGUUAUGUGUUAUUAUGUGAUUGAGCAUCUUAACACUCUUGAAAUAUCCUUCUGCCUCUACAGCAGAGUUUGCACAGGAAUUAAGAAGCAUAAGGCACUUUAAAAUUGAUUGCUACCAAAGUUCUACUUGUUCUCUGAAAAAAAAAUGCUGCUGGUCUAACUAUAGUCAAGUGGGUUUUUUUGGGGCUUUUUUAUGCAGUUGUCAUAGAGACUUACUUGCUUCCUGUUCCUUAUUUGUUAAUCCUUGAUCAACACCCUCAAUGUGAAGUGGUCAUUAGAUGUAGCUUUUGGGACCGUGGCUCAUAAUGCAUAAAUGUAAAUAAAUGCAUAAAUGGAAACAGGCACUUCAGGUUUCCCUUAAAACAUCGCUGAUUGCAUGUGGAGUAUGUUUUGGUUUGGAAAGAAAAGAUUGCUAUUUCUGUAAGCUUUCUCCAGAGUUUGAGCCCUAUGGGUUCUUGAUAGUGACCUUUAAUUAGGGUUCCACACAGACCCUACACAUUUUCCUGGCUGAUCCUUUUCU